AUGGACUUUAUAAACAGAGGGUGCUUCGGCUCUACGACAAAGCGUACCAUUGUCGGCGGCUGGGCGUGGGCAUGGUGGCUCGUCACUGAUGUCCAGAGGAUCUCACUUGAGGUGAUGACCCUAAAUCCAAUGUGCGAAUAUGUGGAAACGGCACAGGGAGUCCCGCUCACCGUCACUGGCGUGGCCCAAUGCAAGAUUAUGAACGAAGACGAGCUUCUCACGACUGCCUGCGAGCAGUUCCUGGGCAAGACUGUCAAAGAAAUCAAGAUGACGAUAUUACAGACCCUUGAGGGACAUCUCAGAGCUAUCCUUGGAACUCUUACAGUAGAAGAGGUGUACAAGGACAGAGAUCAGUUCGCGGGUCUUGUUCGCGAGGUGGCAGCACCGGACGUGGGGCGCAUGGGCAUCGAGAUCCUGUCGUUCACCAUCAAGGACGUGUACGAUGAUGUCCAGUACCUCGCCAGCUUGGGCAAGGCGCAGACGGCGGUCGUCAAGCGCGACGCAGACGUCGGAGUUGCGCAGGCCAACCGAGAUGCCGGCAUCAGAGAAGCGGAGUGCGAGAAGAGUGCGAUGGACGUGAAGUACUCGAUGGACACGAAGAUCGAGGACAACACGCGCCUGUUCAAGCUGCAGAAGGCCCAGUUCGACCAGGAGGUCAACACUGCGGUACGUAGAACAACAGGAGAUCCUGCGUCCACUCAAACUGUGGAAGGUGCUAAAGCCGACGCCGAGCGUAUCAAGGUGCUCGGUUUGGCUGAAGCCACCGCCAUCGGUGACGUGGGUAAAGCUGAUGCGGAGCGCAUGUUGGCCAAGGCUAAAGUCUACAAGCAGUAUGGAGACGCGGCCAUCAUGGCGCUUGUACUUGAAGCGUUGCCUAAGAUCGCAGCAGAAGUAUCAGCACCGCUCGCCAAGACGGACGAGAUCGUCCUGGUCGGUGACAACGGAGCGACUGGUGAAGUGGCUCGGCUGGCUGGUGGUAUACCUCCAGCUUUGAAGACCCUCACGGGGCUAGACCUCAGCCAGGUGCUGAAGAGGCUCCACCCCAACGGCAACGAUCCCAUGGCUGCGGGCACCAGUAAGAAGAAGACACCAGAAGUAGCAGCAUGUUAAGAACCAAUUAGAAAGCAGGAUAACAAUGCAUCGUAUUGCUCCAACCAAUAGCAACACGUUGCGUGAACAAGCAAUCAGUGCCAUACAGUUACCGCUGAUCAUGAUACAUGGUACAAUCAAAAUAGCCUUUUGUAAGCAAUUCAAUGUAUUUUCAAGUACCUUACCUAUCAUAAUGUAAGCUCAGAUCAAUAAAAAAUGAAAUAUUUACUUAAACUGCGGCGUGUAAAAAUAUACUUUUGGCCUUAACAAUAAUCUAUAUUUGUUCUUUGACAUUAAUCAC